UUCCUCCAAACCCCCCCUUCUCUCUCUCUCUAAAAACACAAAAACCCACACAAUCUAGAGAGAGAAAAUGAAAAGAAGAAGGUUGUCACCAACUUCAUCCUCUUCAUGCUCCUCUUCAUCUUCAUGCAUUAAUGAUCACCAGAUUCCUAAAUCCAAAAGACCCUGCAGCAGACCCCACAACAAAAACACCACUCAAAUUUCAAAUCAAAAUCAAAAUGCUGAAACUACACGCAGGAGCUCUAUUUACAGGGGUGUCACAAGGCAUAGAUGGACUGGAAGAUUUGAAGCACAUCUGUGGGACAAGGGUACAUGGAACAGCAUCCAAAACAAGAAAGGAAAACAAAUUUAUUUGGGGGCGUAUGAUAGCGAAGAGGCUGCUGCUCGCACGUAUGAUCUUGCUGCCCUUAAAUACUGGGGACCCGACACAACACUUAAUUUUGAGAUAGAUACAUAUAAAAAGGAUAUCGAAGAAAUGGAAAAGCUGUCCAAGGAUGAAUAUUUAGCCUCGUUAAGGCGAAGGAGCAGUGGAUUUUCGAGAGGUGUUUCAAAGUACAGAGGAGUAGCAAGGCACCAUCAUAACGGAAGAUGGGAAGCACGAAUUGGCCGAGUUCUUGGAAACAAAUACCUAUACUUGGGAACUUACGGCACUCAAGAAGAAGCGGCUGCAGCAUACGACUUAGCAGCCAUCGAAUAUCGAGGCGCGAAAGCAGUGACCAAUUUUGAUAUCAGCAUCUACGCCGAUCGAUUGAAAAACUUGCCACAAACCCAAACUACACCCGAGUCAACCGAAGUUGUAGCUUCACCAAAACACGAGCAAAAUGAAGAGGUUCUUCACGACAUAAACUCUCAACAACAACAAGAACAGCAGCAGCAGCAACCACAACAACAACAACAACAACAAGAGGUCGCGUUAGGAGAAAAAGAAGAGCUCAUGCCCGGGAUUCAUAACCUUGAUUUCCCGCAAACAGUUGAGGAAGAACACCCAUGGAGCUUGUGUUUGGAUUCAAGUUAUAAUCUCCUUCCAGUUCCACACUUUUCGUUUGAUAAAUCAGGCGAUCAGCUACUUGACUUAUUUGACGAUACGGGCUUUGAGGAUAAUAUUGACUUCAUGUUUGAAGGGCUGAUCUCUUGUGAAAACGAAGUGGAGAAGGUACACGCGUGUAUUAAUUCUCCUUCGUCUUCAUCGUCAUUGUCAUCGUCCUCUAGAACGAACUCGCUUUCUUGUCCGGUUUCACAUUAUUGAGUAGGCGGCUCGGUCCUUUGAUUAGAAAUCGUUUUGAGUUUUUGUUUCGGUUUUUCUUUACGUCUGUUGUGCGUUUUCUCUAGUGGAAUAUCAUUUAAUAGUUUGGGCUUUUGUUGUUAAUUUUAUUUCAUAAGUAUGAUGUUGUGGGCUCUAA